AAAACAAAAGGAGGUGAGGAGAAGAGGAAAGGAAGCAAGCUAGCAGCAGCAGCAGCAGCAGCAGCAGCACCACCACCACCACCAGUACUACCGCUGCUGCUGACCGGAAGUAGAACUUCCGGAGGGUCGUUUACAACUUUGCUGUGGGCCACGACAAGAAGAAGAAAAAGAAAAAGAAAGGAAAUGAAGUGAGUUGGCGGCGGCGGCAGUUUUCCCUCCAGAGGAGUUGAGUCCAGGAAGUGAACAGCUGACUGUCGGGCAAAAAAGAAAUGGUGCACAGAUGUUGACCGAGGAGUCCGUCUUCAGACUGGGACAUGUUUGACCUCGGAGCCUGACCUCCUCCGUCCAGACACAGCCGCUCUACCUCAGCAAAUGUGGCGUCCACUUCCCUUUCUUUUACCUCUCAGGCCGUCCACUUCCCCUUUUCUACCCCUGUACGCGCACGUAGCCGUUAUCAGCCGGCUCAGAAACUCCAGCUGACCCCUCGCACUUAUCACCGCUGCUCUCGGGUGUCAGCCAUCCAGCGAUAGUGUAACAGUUGACAGGGUUUCUUCCUGCUCCGCAGCCAUAAUCGCUAUCUGACCCCGUGCCGGGAGGAGCUGCCCGAAGCAGCCAUGUUACGUGUGACGUGCAUGUGAUGUCUGAGCCCUGCGACGGACCGGCACCAGGAGCAGGGGGAGGACAGGGGCGGGCUGAGCGAGACGUUCCUCUGUUUGUGGUCGGCGGCGAAGAUGACGACGAGCAGGACAUGGGUCAAACGGAGGCAGGCAUGAAGAACGAGAUGUUUCAAGAAGAAGAAAUGGAGGAUGACGAGGAUGAGUCGCCGCCAGAGCGACAGAUCGUGGUCGGCAUCUGUGCCAUGAUGAAGAAGUCCAAGUCCAAGCCCAUGACUGAGAUCCUGGAGCGCCUCUGUAAGUUUGACUACAUCGAUAUGGUCAUCUUUCCCGAGGAGGUGAUCCUGGAGGAACCCGUGGAGAGAUGGCCCCUCUGCGACUGCCUCAUCUCCUUCCACUCCAAAGGUUUCCCUCUAGACAAAGCGGUAGAGUACGCCAAGCUCAGGAAUCCCCUGCUCAUCAAUGACCUCAACAUGCAGUAUUUCAUACAGGACAGGAGAGAAGUUUACCGGAUCCUACAAGAAGAAGGCGUUGACCUACCUCGUUACGCUGUGUUAAACCGAGAUCCCGACAAUCCCGAAGCCUCACGAUUUGAAUCUCCUCCACGUCGUCAUAGUUGUAUAAUCUGCUGCACCACCAAUCUUCGGCUAAGAUGCACAAAAUAUAAACAGUGUAACCUUGUGGAGGGGGAGGACCACGUUGAGGUGAACGGGGAGGUGUUCCCCAAACCCUUCGUGGAGAAACCCGUGUGUGCUGAAGACCACAAUGUCUACAUCUAUUACCCGACAUCCGCCGGAGGAGGCAGCCAGAGACUCUUCAGAAAGAUAGGGAGUCGGAGCAGUGUAUACUCCCCAGAAAGCUGCGUACGAAAGACAGGAUCCUACAUCUACGAAGAGUUCAUGCCCACAGAUGGCACCGAUGUGAAGGUUUACACAGUGGGUCCAGACUAUGCCCACGCCGAGGCCCGGAAGUCUCCUGCACUGGACGGAAAGGUAGAGAGGGACAGUGAGGGGAAGGAGAUCCGCUACCCCGUCAUGUUGACUGCCAUGGAGAAACUGGUGGCCCGCAAGGUCUGCCUAGCAUUCAAGCAAACCGUUUGUGGGUUCGAUCUGCUCAGAGCCAAUGGCCACUCCUUCGUUUGUGACGUGAACGGUUUCAGCUUCGUCAAAAACUCCAUGAAAUACUACGACGACUGUGCCAAAGUCCUGGGGAACAUGGUAAUGAGGGAGUUGGCCCCCCAGUUCCACAUCCCCUGGUCCAUCCCCAUGGAGGCCGAAGACAUCCCCAUUGUCCCAACCACCUCGGGAACCAUGAUGGAGCUGCGCUGUGUCAUUGCCAUCAUCCGCCAUGGAGAUCGCACACCAAAGCAAAAGAUGAAAAUGGAGGUCCGACAUCCUCUGUUCUUCGAGUUGUUUGAGAAACAUGGAGGCUACAAGUCAGGAAAGCUUAAGCUGAAAAAGCCCAAACAGCUACAGGAAGUGCUGGACAUCGCCCGCCUGCUGCUGGUUGAACUGGGCCAGCACAACGACUGCGAGAUCGAGGAGAAGAAGUCGAAACUGGAACAACUCAAGACCGUCCUGGAGAUGUAUGGUCAUUUCUCAGGUAUCAACAGGAAAGUCCAGCUGACCUACCUGCGCAACGGCCAACCUAAAGCCUCCAGCGAAGAAGAAGACUCGAAGAAGGACGGCCCGUCUCUCCUGCUGGUGUUGAAGUGGGGCGGGGAGCUGACGCCUGCAGGCCGGGUUCAGGCUGAGGAGCUGGGCAGGGCCUUUCGCUGCAUGUACCCUGGAGGUCAAGGUGACUAUGCUGGGUUUCCUGGGUGUGGCCUCCUGCGCCUGCACAGCACCUACCGCCAUGACCUGAAGAUCUACGCCUCUGACGAAGGCAGAGUGCAGAUGACAGCCGCCGCUUUUGCCAAGGGUCUGCUGGCUCUGGAAGGAGAGUUGACCCCAAUCCUGGUCCAGAUGGUCAAGAGUGCCAACAUGAACGGACUGCUGGACAGCGACAGCGACUCUCUGACGGACUGCCAGCAGAAGGUGAAGGCCCGGCUGCAUGAAAUCAUGCAGAAGGAUCAGGACUUCACAGCGGAGGACUAUGAGAAGUUGGCCCCUACAGGUAGUCCGUCACUGGUGAACUCCAUGAAGAUCAUACACAAUCCAGUCAAGACCUGUGACAAGGUGUACACCCUCAUCCAGAGUCUCACCUCACAGAUCCGAAAGAGACUGGAGGACCCCAAGUCUGCAGACCUGCAGCUUUACCACAGCGAGACGUUGGAGCUGAUGCUGCAGCGCUGGUCCAAACUAGAGAGGGACUUCCGCACCAAGAACGGGCGCUACGACAUCAGCAAGAUCCCGGACAUCUACGACUGCAUCAAGUACGACUCGCAGCACAACGCCUCGCUCGGGCUGGAGGACACGCUGGAGCUGUUCCGACUGUCCCGCGCCCUGGCCGACAUAGUCAUACCACAGGAAUAUGGCAUCAACAAGCCUGAGAAACUGGACAUCGCUCAGGCCUACUGUGUUCCCCUGAUGAAGAAAAUCCAGCUCGACCUGCAGAGGACCCACGAGGACGAGUCCGUCAACAAGCUGCACCCGCUGUAUUCUCGGGGCGUGAUGUCUCCCGGUCGCCACGUCCGCACGCGUCUCUAUUUCACCAGCGAGAGCCACGUUCACUCCCUGCUCAGCGUCUUCCGCUACGGACGACUGCUCAACGAGGAGAAGGACCAGCAGUGGAAACAGGCGAUGGACUAUCUGAGUGCCGUGACUGAGCUCAACUACAUGACACAGAUAGUCAUCAUGCUGUAUGAAGACAACAAUAAGGACCCCUCCUCAGAGGAGCGCUUCCACGUCGAACUCCACUUCAGUCCAGGAGUCAAAGGGUGUGAAGACGAGGAGAAUGUACCCCUCGGCUUCGGCUUCCGCCCGGCCUCCUCUGAGAAUCAAGACAAGAAGCCCAAUCAGGGCAGCCUGGAGGACCUCUCCCAGGACCAGCCCGACCAGGCCCUUCCCAUUUCGGAGCCAAUCAACAUCCAACGAAGGUCUCCCAUGAUCCGCAACCGCAAGACCGGCUCCAUGGAGGUCCUCUCUGAGACCUCGCCCACCCAGACCUCCAAAGGCGGCACGUCCCACAGACUCUUCCCCUCGUGUUCACGGCAGUCGCCUGAGAUCAAACCAACCAUUGGCCUAGGCUCGCUCUGCUCUGGCCUCUUCAGUGCCUCCGCGCUCGGGGUGUCCUGUAGCGCCCCCAACCUGCGGGACUACGUCCGCACGCACCACCACCACCACCGAAAACCACCACUGUCCCCCGGCAGUCUGCCAUGCCAGAUUGGCAUGUUCGAGCUGUUCUCUAUGCCGGCAGUAAAGAGAUUUUCUGUGUCGUUUGCCAGGCAUCCGACUAAUGGUUUUGAAGGCUGCUCCAUGGUGCCAUCUAUCUACCCGCUGGAGACGCUGCACAACUCACUGUCGCUGAAGCAGGUGGACGAGUUCCUCAACACGGUGUGCGAGAGCAGCAGCGAGGCGCACGCCAAGACCAUGAAAGCGCUCUCCGGCCUGUUUGACUCCCAGAGCCAGACGUCCCUCUACAGCCCGCAGCAGCCUCUGUCCUCCUCCGGGUCUGAGACGUCUCUUCGGCCGCCGAGUCAGCCGCUGUGGCAUGGCAGCAUCCCCUCGAGUGCUGUGUCCAGCGCGGGCCCCUCCUCCCCCGUCACAGAGAGCUCUGGUCUGAACUUCAGCUUCAGUGAGUAGACUUGUCCGCAUGGAAAACACAAGGACUUCUGGGUAUCUGAGGGCUCGGCCCGAGGACCUCGGUUUGUUUCGUCUCUCCAGGCCAUUCUGCUCCUGUUCCUCCGUCUUUUCUCUUCACGGUCACAAACAAACACCGGCGGGAGAAGCUGAUUCUGGAGGAAUGGCACUCUGCCGCGGCCAGUCCUGUAAAUAUAACCACUCACGCUGUACGUGGACUCCUCUCGACUGCAGAGUCUGCUCCGUACAAUGGGAACACACUGGAGCCUCGCCAGUUCUAAACUCUCUCAUCGCCUGGAUCUUUUCUCUUUUCACAAACCAGCUCCGACUGCGUGAACAGUGCAUCAAGCCAAAACUCUGACCAGUUGUGCCUUCCGUUUCAUUUGAAUGCUGCUCACGUCAAAACCCAAACGCCAUUUUGUAGACUCUCUCAAGCACCAGCUGCCUCAUCUCUGACCUGACCUGCAGACUCUUGCAGCCGAACUUCAUUACAGACUGUGAGUUCAGAAGUGUCAGCUGUGACAUUUUCAUGAAUUGAAAAUCCCAAAAUGAACCAUGUCCCGUUUUCACCUCUCCUCUCUGCCGCAUUUCAGCAAUACAUCCAGCCAGUCAUAGUCCUGCCUCGAAGAAAAUUGCCUUUUUGUUUUUGUGCAUGAGGUGAAGAGUGACAGUUGACAGCUUUGAGUUGCCUAGGGUGAAAAUCAAGCUUGGGGGGAAAUAUGUUUAUGCACUUAGUCGCUGAGAGCUAGAUUAGGAGAUUGAUGCCACUCUCAUAUCUUUAUGCUAAAUAUGAUGCUAAGCCAGAAACGACUUAGCUUCGUUUAGCACAAAGAGUGGAUGAGGCAGGUAACGGCGAGUCUGGCUCAGUCCAAAAAACUAACAAAACUGUUCCUCUGACAUUGUUUUAUAUCUUCUCGUGUAAAAAAAGCAACAGUUUGUGGUUUCAUGCUGAGUUAUGUGCUCAAUAAUUCUUGGGCUGGGUGCAUUAUCUUCCCGGAGUCUGGACCAGUUUUUGUCCGUAUUAAAGAAACUGGUUAGAAUGCGUUCUAUCCCGCUUGCUAAACGUAUCUUAAUAUGUAGUGUACGGACACAAGAGUGAUAUCGAUCUUCUCAAAAUGUCAAACUAUUCCUUUGAGACCAUGUCAGCGUUAUUUGACAUUGCUUGUAAAGGCUGCAGAUUAGCAAACCUUUAAGGAAGGGACCUUAUUGUCAGACCAUGUUGAACCCGUGUCCACAUUUAACCAAAGAGGAGCAGGUGCAGCCAAAGAAGUGGCCCAAUGUAAACUACAAAGACUGAGAGCGGCGCUGCUAGUUGUCUGAAAAAGAACAAUACAUUUCUAACCUGUGUGCACCGAGGAAAUUCCCUGUGGAGAAAAGCAACCAUGUUUCAAAAUCCUGAACCUCAUAUCGUCGUACAUAUGACCAUCUGCUGUUAAAUGGAAACGCAAAUGUACGUGUGAAUGUGCCUUUAAAUGACUUGUGAGAGAAAUAUUGAAGUCGGAGUAUGUACACACUGUUGGUUUCCUGCUGUAUUUGUUUUAUUGUUUGCAAAAUCAAAUUUGAUCUUUUGUUUAGAUUUGUCUCUCUAGAAUUAAAGGGAAUGACCACUUGAUUAAGUAGGAGAAAAAAAGAGAGUACUUUUACAUGAUGCCUGCCUACUGCAGUUUUUCUCAGUUGAUGCCGAAACCUCCGAUUGUCAGCGUGCAAGUCUGCCAUGGCGCCAAAUUACAUGUGUACUUUUUUAAUGUCGAACUCAUCAAAUGACGGUUUGUAAAGACGAGUGAUGCUCAGGUAGAUUCAUCACAUGUCUGACAAUGUACCUUGUAUUUUUAAUCGACAUGGGACGGGGUCAAUUCAUUUCCGUUCAUUUGGGAAAAAGUGUUGAAUCUAUAAAGAAACACUUUAAUUGCUUUGACCACAAAUGUGUAGACUUGCAGCUCCAUCAUGAAACAAUGACGUACAGUUUUUAAAGAGUAAACUAAUUAUAUAUAUUAUAUUAUUAUGUAGUUGAUUAUAUUCAGGCUGCACUGUCUACGACAGUGAAGUACAAAUGGAAGAAAUAAAAUGGCUCCCUGUUUGAACUGAAAAUGAACUGACCCCCUAAACACCUGCUGUAGAAGAAACAUAUAUGUAUAUUUUAGCCAUCAUGGAACUGAUUUUAGAUUUGAAUAGGAUUGAUUAUGUUGUACUGAAAAUGAGGGUUGAUGUAGUUCAUUUUACCCGUGUAUUUAUGUGAUUAUGAAUGUGCUAUUUAAUGCCAGCCCAGUUUUCUGCGACGAGUUUUGCCGCUGGAGAACAAAGUCGAGGUUUCAAUGUUCAAAAGUCUGUAACUGUCGUCUGUCUUGUUUCGAAUUUGUUGAGGCUCAGGUAGGGGACGAGAUGUUGGAGAGAAGA